GACUCGGUCAGUCUCAGUGCGCUCUCACCAUUGCUACACUCUGUCCAUUUCUCGCUCUCUCUCUGUUUCUCCCCCUUUCCUUAUUCUCCCCCCUUUUACUCUUUCGGCAGCCUCCUUACUUUUGUAAUUUCUGUCUCCGCUUUCUCUCUUUGUCUUUCUCUCUAAGAGCCCACACGUCAUUACACAACCUGAGGUACCUGUGCAUGUUGGAGUGUGCUGGGUCGAGCAAGAGGUGUUAUUUUUGCUGGGGAGGGAACAGGGAGGGAGGGUGACUGCUCCUAGGAAGGUGCACACCUGACAACAACAUUUUUGCGAGUGUGAUGGGGAGACUUUGGGACUGACUCUUUCUUCCGGCACUUUUCCUUGUUUCCCACACCUGGAAUGCUUAACCUGGACUGAUGGAUGUUUCCGAACUGUGUAUCCCAGACCCUCUCUGCUAUCAUAACCAGUAGGUUGCUGACCAGAAUGCCCUCAGAGGACCGCCACCUGUCCUCCAGCUGUGGCUCCUACAUCAAAACCGAACCGUCCAGUCCCUCCUCCUCUCUCGUCGACACCGUCAGCCACCACAGCCCCAGCGGCAACUCCGACGCCAGCGGCGGCUACAUCAACGGCCCCAACGGACGCUCGCACGCCCUCGACUCGCCGCCCAUGUUCAACCCGGGAAUGCUGGGAGGGGGCGGAGCUUGCCUCAGGCGCUACGACGAGUGCUCGGGCGGCGUCGCCGACGACUCGCCCAUCAAGUGCGAGUACAUGCUCAACGCCAUCCCCAAGAGGCUUUGCCUCGUAUGCGGUGACAUCGCCUCAGGGUACCACUACGGAGUGGCUUCCUGCGAGGCCUGCAAAGCAUUUUUCAAGAGGACGAUACAAGGAAAUAUUGAGUACAGCUGUCCGGCCACCAACGAGUGUGAGAUCACCAAGAGGAGACGCAAGUCGUGCCAGGCCUGUCGCUUUAUGAAGUGCCUCAAAGUGGGCAUGCUGAAAGAGGGUGUGCGUCUGGACCGGGUAAGGGGGGGGCGACAGAAGUACAAGAGGAGAUUGGAUGCAGAGAAUGGGGGUUAUCUCGGCCUCACAGUCCCCCCCCCAGCCAAGAAGCCAUUAACAAAGAUUGUGUCCCACCUCCUGGUGGUGGAGCCAGAGAAGAUAUAUGCCAUGCCAGACCCCACUGUGCCUGACGGUGACAUCAAGGCCUUGACCACUCUUUGUGACCUGGCUGACCGCGAACUGGUGGUCAUUAUAGGCUGGGCCAAACAUAUCCCAGGCUUCUCCACGCUUUCACUGGGAGACCAGAUGAGUCUACUCCAGAGCGCCUGGAUGGAGAUCCUGGUGCUGAGCAUCGUGUUCCGCUCGCUGCCCUACGAGGACGAGCUGGUGUACGCGGAGGACUACGUGGUGGACGAGGAGCACGCGCGCCUCACCGCCCUGCUGGACCUGCACGUGGCCAUCCUGCCGCUGGUGCGCCGCUACAAGAAGCUCCGCGUGGAGAAGGAGGAGUUUGUCACCCUCAAGGCCAUCGCCCUCGCUAACUCGGACUCCAUGCAUAUAGAGGAUGUGGAGGCCGUUCAGAGGCUCCAGGACUCUCUCCACGAGGCCCUGCAGGACCUGGAGGGUUCCCAACAUGCAGAGGACCCACGACGGGCUGGCAAGCUGCUCAUGACCCUGCCCCUGCUUCGGCAAACCGCCGCCAAAGCUGUGCAGCACUUCUACAGCAUCAAGGUGCAGGGAAAAGUGCCUAUGCACAAACUCUUCUUGGAAAUGCUCGAGGCCAAGGCUUGAUGCUCGGACAUGUAUCUGACGGACAGCCGCGUCGUCCAAUGAGUGAAGAGACAGCCCCCAUGAAGACGUGAGAGCAAUAGCAUGAAGUUGUUUUUGUCGAGGCAAAAGUGAAGAGAUUACCAGAAAAGAAAAUUAAACAGAAAAUUCAAACCGAUUUUAAGGGUGAACAUAUAUAUAAAUAAAUAUCGCUCGGAUUGAUAUAGGCCAUCAACAUGUAUAUAAAGAUGCUGUGUACAGAAAUUGGCACUCUGGGUCUUGUCAUAGGCUAUAGAGACCCUUUACUCUAUAUCACCCGAAGCUUCUGUGACUUUUUCUUUUCUUCUUGAAACUGAAGUGUGAAUACUCAUUCUGAUAAACUGUAUGGCUAUAUGGCCAGUCAAGUGUUUUUUUUUUCUUUAUUAUCUUACUUUCUAAUCGCAGUUGUGAUGCAUUAGAGGCACCCUCUGGUAUUAUAUAUAAACUGUAUAUGUGUACUGUAUUGUGUCAAAUUGCACUGUAUGGGUGUGGGAAUUAUUUGGUAGACAUAUUCUUAUAUUUGUCGUCAACAUCAAACGCCGAGUCAUCUGUAAUAGGGAUGUUAUAUUCUGAACUCAAACACAUUUACCUCCUUGUAGCUUCAUUAACUCAACAGUUUUACGUAAGUCAAGCCUGGUGAUUCAUGGUGGUACACAAGUGUAGAGAAUUGAACAAAGACUUUGCACUGAGCAUCUGGUUUCUGGUUAACAUUGUGGCAAUAAUGGGUACAGUAUAGAGCUGUAGUGUGUUUUAUCUAGUUGUGUCUUUUACUGCUUGUAGAGACUAACACCUAAGCUCUGUGUGUGGGUGGGUGUGUGUGUGUGUCCAUGGGGUUGUUUGUGUGUGUGUGUAGGGGGGUGUUUGUUGUGCAUGUGUGUGUGUGUGUUUGCUUGUGUGUGUGUGCAUGCGUGCGUGCGUGCAUGUGUACAUCUCUGUGAACACUGACAUUUUCAACACUGACUGUGGUGCAAAGAAUAACUUAAUAAAUUGCAUAAUCUACUUCUUAUUUUAAAGUACAGAUGUAAAAGAUUUGGGCACAUUUCUGGGAAUAUACAGUUUGUCUAUAGAAUCCUAAAGAUGGACUAAAAACCAUAAAUAUUCAAAGAUGCAGUCAAAAUACCAUGGUAAUAAUUAUUCCCAUAUUUACCCAAAAAGGCAUAUAUUUAAAUUGUGUCAUCCUAAAUUAGUAAAGGUAUGCAGAACAUAGUGUCAUUCAAACAUGACUCCAUAACGUAACAUUAAAGUAACGCAACACACAUUUGACCAAAAUGCCCAGAUGCAAGUAAAAAAAGCAGAUGUAACUUUUUAGAUAUUUUAGAACACUGCAUACAUAGACACAUUCAAUGUUCAGGAAUAUUACAAUUAGAAUUACCCAAUGGCCUACAAUGGUGCAUAACCUCAAUACACUAUAUUUCCACCACUCAUUUUUCCAGUAAUUUUAUAUGUGAUAUGUAGCAUUACAAAAUUAUUCAAAACUUUGACUUAUAUCAAAAAGUAAUGGGUGGAUAGUACAAAGUUGGUAAUGCUAGUUUACAUAAAUAUCCUAUAUAUUUCUGUAACUACACAGUAAUGUGUUUGUAUCUACACAGAAAUACUAGUAAAACGUAUUGUAAAACCCAAAGAUGUUCACCCUGUUGUCGUGUGAAAUGACCUUUGUUCAUUCUCUUAAAAAUUCUUAGAUAAAGACAGUUUAAUAAAUUAACUUACCUCAAAAGAAAAACAUGAGGAUGCAGAGCUAAUUUGCGAGCACCAUAUGAAAUCAAUAACUCUGAAGCUCAAAUGUGCCAUUUUGUUUUUACCAUUGUACAACCAAAGGAGAUUGUAGGUAAGCUAAUAUAAGGGCUGGCAGCUAAGCUACCCUAAAGCAAAGCAUAUACCUCAACUCAGAGACUACUCUCUGGAGUAGACCAAAACCACCAUUGACUUGCAGUAAUGUAAUGCGUAGCUAAUUAAAGCUCAAUACAAUAGAGACUUACAUUCCCAAGAUGCACUCCAUCUUCCCUCCUUGAAGGUGCAAUGAUCAAAUUCAUCUUUGCAUAGACUAAAAUUUUGGCUCUGCUCUACACCGUACUGCAGCUUGGCCUACAAUUGUAAUUACAACUCCCAUUCAGUGUUUUACAGCAUGUUGUUAGUGAUGAACCCUUCCACAGUAUUAUGAUAGCAGCCACAUUGUGCCACUUGUUCAUGUUUAUUCAUUGUUGGGAGGAUUUGUUUGUUAUUUUCUGCUUUCACAGUUUAUGAACAUAAUCACACGAUGACAGUCUGUAAUAUUUUUUUUCCAAUCAGCAUUAAGGUUGAUUGGAUGCCUGAAUCUAAUCAGUAGUAUCGUUGUCUAUCCAGUCCCAAAAAAGGACAUCAAUGAUUUGCCAUGAAUCCUGCUUUCGGAUCCUUUCCCUAACCCUAAUAACUUACAAUAAAUGAAGGAAUUCAAUAGAAUGUGUUCAAUGCGCAUGCUUAGCUUGUGUCCUUCUGGCUCCAAAAAGUCCAAUGUGCUUGAUAGACUGAGGUCUGUACUGUUUGAUAUGACAGCCACAAAAAAAGGGUUUUCCUCUCUCCAAAGUGCUGUGAGUUUUAGUACUAUUCCCACCUCUGCAUAUUACGAAGAUAAUUAUUGACCCCUUGUUCAAACUAACAUAGAAAAAUAAAAGAGAAAAUGCUUAAUUUAUUUUAAGAGGCUAAAGUGGUAUAUACCCAAUUAAUUCUAAUUGUCUUGUAAGAUCAAAUUCUCAACAGAAAUGGAGCAAUUAAAUUUCUGCAUUGGCUCCACCUUGGGGACUGCAGUCAGUUAAGUUGAUUUUGGCACAAAGAGUUUAGCUAAACUGCUCAUACAAUUUCAUGGUUGUCUGUAACAGUUUUUUAACAAAGUGAUCACUGGGCUAUGCAAGGCAAAUAUGGCCGAUGUUCUGUUUGACAAAUAAUUGGUAGAACUUUCUUUACAGUGUUGUUUGAUGAAGCAUCAGUAAAUGUCAGUUCAAAUACACCAUCAUUUCACUGUACGUUUUGCUAUGUACUAGAGUUCCUUUGCAUUGCUGUUACUAUAUUUAGAACUGUAAGAGAGUUUGGUUUGGCCCAUGUUUUGCCCCUUGAUGUGAUUCUUCAUUCUGUAUUCUACAACCUGAAAGAAGUUAAGAAUGGCAGUAUUUGCAGGGCCCUUUGAGCACUCAUUAUGCUAAAUGUAUGUUACUAACACCUUAUUACUUUAUGAAAAACUGUACGAUAAUUACACAGAAGCGCAAGAUCAAGAGUCAAUAUUUAUUUAAUUUUGUGGGAGAUUCUCAUGAUGUGUUUUGAAGGCACAUCUCCGAGUCUCAGAAUAAUGGAACUACAUCCUACUCGAGCCUAGAACUUGGCUGAAAAAGAACGCAUAGUGUGCGUUUGUGCGUCUAUACCUCAAUUCAGAUUUUGAAAUUACUCGUGGGUGUGGAAGCGGGCUGUGGGGUUCCCCAGAGAGUUGGUGGCACAGAAAUGAAGUGACAUCACUGACUGCGUAUUAAAAAAAUGUAGAUGAACCGCAAUUGGGGGAACACAUUCCUCCGGAGAAAGCUGCUUAUUCGCUGUUCCAUUUGUGGAGUAUCUUAUCUCCAUGCACACUGAGAUGGCAAGAUUUACAUAAAACAUGGACAAACCACCUAGGCCAUUGUGGUCCGCAGUGUAUAAGAAACAGUGAAAGUAUACGCACCAUAGACAUUUGAUUACCCUAGAGGUUUGGUCCCCUUAAAAGCAAUAUGCUAGCAGUUAUGAUGUAUGAAUCAAGUUCGAAGGAAAAAGGUUUGGUCAAUUUUAAUUAUCCUACCUGUGAAGAGAAUGUAGCACAACUAUAAACAAACUGUAGACUACAUUCAUCUAAUGUUUCAUCUGUUGGCAUGAACAGUACCCUAUGUGGUUGGCACACAUAUUGGAAAGUAUUCUAGGGCAUUUCAUGUGUUGAGUUCUGUUGUGUUCAUGCAUAUGGUAUUCAUGUGUAAAUACAUGCUGUUUGGAGUGAGUCAGUUCUCCCAAUGCACUAAAUG